CCGGUCGGUCUCUGAUAACCGGGGAAAUGGCCACCUCGGACCGCUUCCAGUAUCUGCAGGCACUGGUUACCGAAUUCCAGGACACGGAUAGUGCAGGUAUUAUGUGAAUCAGGGGGUGGCAACAAUGGGUAGAACUACAACUCCCAUGAGUAAGGCUGGCAAAGCAUCACGGGAGAUGUAGUUUUUUGUAGCUAUCCCUAGGUAUCAGCUGUAGUACAGCCAGGGAUGUUUGUGAUGUUUCCUCUCUAAUUCCUCCAUAUAUUGUUUAAACACACUAUCCAGAGGUUCCUUUGAUAUGGUGCCCCACCUCCCCCCCCCCCGUAAUUAUUUUACCUAUAUUAAGGGUGGCUUUUAUAAUUACCACUCAUGCUUUACCAUUUACCAGGCUUUUCCUGCACAUUUGCACCAAACCUGAGCUACAUGCUUGUACAGCGCUAUGGAAUCUGAUGGCUCUAUAUAAAUAAUAAUAAUAAUGUAAAUGUCAAUCAGAAUUUCUCACUAUACUAAUGUACAUUAUAUUGUAUUUCUGAUGUACUUGUACUCCUUGUAUAGUGAUCUGACAGAUCUAGAGCAAAGCCAGGGUGGAACAAAACAACUACAAUUGUGUAACACAGUCAACAUUAAAUAAUGAGUGAAUAUCGCACUCAUAAAAGUCUAGGAUAUGUAAACCUUGGAUGGUUCCUAGAAGUCACCAUGAUGUCAUCCUCUGCCACAAUGGAACCCCUAAUUACUUAUUUUUAGCAAGAGUCCCUUAAUGAAACCUGUAUAGAGAACCGUGCAUGAUACUGAAAUUAUAAAAAUAAUAAAUUUAUUUUACGUAACUUUAACAAAGCAAAAAAAGGUGUAAAUAAACUUAUCUCAAAUAUCCUCUUUAGUUGCCUUUGCCCUAUGCGUUUCGUCACAUAGCUGUGGCUUCCUCAAGGUCCCAAAUAAUAUUACAAUAAUACUUUGUUUUUCUGUACUGAAUUAUAAACGGUUUGUGCCUUUAGUACCCCAUACUUUACAUUUUUGUUUUCUAAUCCAUUUUUUUUUUUUUUAUCAUCGCAGAGGCAAAAGAACAGGUUCUUGCAAACCUUGCCAACUUCGCAUACGAUCCACGUAACUUCUCAGACCUUAGGAAGCUGCAGGUAAUAGAUCUGUUCCUGGACAUGCUAACUGAGGAGAAUGAAACAUUUGUGGAAUUUGGAAUCGGUGAGUGAUUACAUAGAUUGUAAGGAAUGCUUAAAAUGGCUGGCCAGUAAAUAUGUACAAUUUUUAAAAUAGUUGGGUUGAUAAGGUAACAAGGAAAGCGUAAGGACAAAUGUCAUCAAAAUUUCACUUUUUUUUUUAAACGUUUUUUACAUAGUUACAUAGCUGAAAAGAGACUUGCGUCUAGGGAUCGACCAAUAUUGUUUUUUUUAGAGCCGAUACCGAUAAUCUGUGACCUUUCAGGCCGAUAACUUGACGAUAUUCUGUACAUUUACCAAUUUGAAAAAAUAACCGAUUUCUAAAGGUAGAUGCACAAAAUAUACAUGCCAGUGGAUGCAGUGUGUUUAGACAGGGAAGGUGUGUGUGUGUGUGUGUGUAGUGGAUGCAGUGUGUGUUUGUGUAGUGUGUGUAUAUAUUGGAUGCAGUGUGUGUUUGUGUAGUGUGUAUAUAAUGGAUGCAGUGUGUGUUUGUGUAGUGUGUAUAUAAUGGAUGCAGUGAGUGUGUAGUGUGUAUAGUGACUGCAGUGAGUGUUUGUGUAGUGUGUGUAUAUAUAUAUAGUGAAUGGAAAGUGUGUGGAUAGUGGAUGCAGUGUGCGUAAAGUGAAUGCAGUGUGUUUGUGUAGUCUGUGUAUAUAAUGAAUGCAAAGUGUGUGUUUGUAUAGUGUGUUUGUGUAGUGCAGUGUGUGUGUGUGUGUGUGUGUGUGUGUAAAUAAUGUAGUUUGUGUAUAUAAUGCAGUGUUUGUGUAGUGUGUGUAUACAAUGCAGAGUGUGUGUUUUUGUGUAGUGUGUGUAUAUAAUGCAGUAUUUGUGUAGUGUGUAUAUAAUGCAGUGUGUGUAUAUAAUGCAGUGUGUGUAUAUAAUGCAGAGUGUGUGUAUUUGUGUAGUUUGUGUGUAUAUAAUGAAUGCAGUGUGUUUUUGUAUAGUGUGUGUGUUUGUGAAGGGAUGUAAUUUGUGUAAAAUGGGCAGGAGGAGAGGCUUAUGUAUUCUUGACCCCAAAGAGCAUAACUUUGCAUUUCUCUACGUUAAAUAGAGAUGAAUUGAAUCAAUAUAUCUCUAUGAGGAAAGUUCAGUGUCUCCAUGCACAUUGUGCAGCACUACCCCAGGAAGCACCUCUAGUAGCCAUCUGAGGAGUGGCCGGUGGAGGUAUCCCUAGGUUGUAAUGUAAACACUGCAUUUUCUCUGAAAAGACAGUGUUUACUGCAAAAAGCCUGAAGGGAAUGAUUAUACUCACCAGAACAAAUACAAUAAGCUGUAGUUGUUUUGGUUACUAUAGUGUCGCCUUAAAGCAGAUCUGUCACCGUCUGGGGUCAUUGCAUUAUUUGCAAAUACCUUUAACAGGGACAUUGUUGUGCAGGGGUCAGGUAAAGGUGAGAUUUACUUACCUAUUCUUUACAAGAGCCACUGUCCCCUUCCUGCUGCUCGUUUUCAGUUCCUGGCACUUCAGCUGCAAGAAGUCUGUGUCAGAAAGGUAUUCUUGCACAUAUGCAAGAGUACAGCAUUUAGGUCUAUGGAGGAGACCGCAGGGAUCCUCUGUUGUGACGGCUGGGGGAAGUGAAAAGCUUGACCUAGUUUCAAGCUUUGUAAGGCGUAGGAGGAAUACUUAGACAAAGUAAGUCCAUACUUUAUCUCAGUAUAUCUUUUGACUGGGUUGGGAUUUCAGUGAAUUCCCAAGUCUGGCUGAUGGCAAAGAGAAGUUAAGUUGCAAAACAAUUGGUCUUUUGUUGCUGGACUUCUCACUGUGAUUUCAGAUGGAAAUCACCAAUUGUAAACCAAAGAUUGGUUAAGGAAUUUUCUCCCGAAAUAACCACAACUAUGGUAUGCAAGAGGUAAUAUCUCAACUGGAGCAGCAUUUCAGAGAUUCACCCAGUUACUGCCCUGAAGUCAAAUGAAGUUAGGACAUUAUGUGGACAAUAUUGACACUUACAGAUAACUGGUGCAUAUCCUGGAUUUUUCCUACCCACGGGUGACUGGAAACAGGAUUUGAUUGGCUAGGUCUAUCUUCUUUGUGUAGCAGUGUGGCUAUAUACACUCAUCAGCCACAAUAUUAAAACCACUGCCUGGUGAAGUUAAUAAUAUUGAUUACAUCGUUACAAUGGCACCCGUCAAUAGGUGGGAUGUAUUAGGAAUUUCAUGUGUUGGAAGCAGGAAAAAUGGACAAGUGAAAAGAACUGAGUGAUUUUGACAAGGGCCAGAUAGUGAUGUAUAUGGUGCUAGGUCAGAGCAUCUCCAAAAUUACAAGUUUUGUGGGGUAUUCUAGGUAUGCAGUGGUUAGUGCAAGGCAGGACAACCGGUGGACCAUCGUAAGGGUCGUGGGCACUUAAGGCUGUGUUGAUGCACAUGAGGAGCUAAGGCCAAUCACAUAGAAUAGCUACUGUAGCUCAAAUUGCUGAAUAACUGAAUGCUGACCAUUAUGGAAAGGUGUCAGAACACACAUUGCAUCUCAGUUUGCUGCGCAUGGGGCUGCGUAGCCACAGACUGACCAGAAUGCCUUUGAUGGCCCCUUCCACCACUGAAUGUGCCUUCACUGAGAACGUGAGUGUCAGAACUGGACCAUGCAGCAAUGGAAGAAGGUUAGCUUGGUCUGAUAAAUCACGUUUUCUUUUAGAUCAGGUGGAUGGCUUGCUGUUUGUGCGUCAUUUACCUGGGGAAAAGAUAGCAGCAGCAUGCACUGUGGGAAGAAGGCAGGCCAGUGGACUCAGUGGUAUGCUCUGGGCAAUGUUCUGCUGGGAAACCUGGGUCAUUGCAUUCACAUGGAUGUUACUUUGACAUGUACCACCUACGUAGAGUUUGUUGCAGGCCACAUACACCCCUUCAUGGCAGUAGUGUUCCCUGGUGCUUUGGCCUUCAAAUUCCCCAGAUCUCAAUCCGGCUGAGUAUCUGUGGGAUGUGCUGGAACAGCAAAUCUAAUCCAUGGAGGCUCCAUCUCUCAAUCUGCAGGACUUUUAAAGGAUCUGCUGUUAAUGUGCUGGUGCCAGAUACCACAGAACACAUUCAGAGAUCUUGUGGAGUCCGUGCCUUGACACAUCAUACCUGUGUUGACAGCACAGGGGGGGACCUACACAAUAUUAGGCAGGUGGUUUUAAUGUGGCUGAUCAGUUUGGAUAUGUUGUGUAGGAAGCAGUUAAAUAAGACAGACAACAUCAAGAUAACUGGGACACCACCAUUCUUUGUCUGCACACAUGUAGCCACUAGAAUUGUAUAGAGAUUAAUUAACUUGCCUGCUGCUGCUGCUGCAUUUGCAUUCUUUUUUUUUUUUUUUGGGAUCCUAGACUGGCUAGAAACAGAAAAAAGAAAUAUGCGACAGGCAUACAGUCAAAAAUUAGACAUCAAAAGCACAUCAUCAUACAAGAGACAAUUAUAUAAUAUGUAUCUUGUAAUAUCCAUCCACAACUUAUCUUUUCAAUAACUGGAAACCCUCAUUCAGGGAACAGGAAAAAGAAGUCCCUUUAGGGAGUGAAAGAGAAUAAACAAAAAAAAAAAUUAAGUUAAAAGAGAGAAAAGUAUAGGUGACCAGAAAGGACAAAGGUGAUAAGGAAGAUAGGGAAGGGAGGAGAGGGGGUGUUCCCAUCCCACAGUAGAUAUAACUUCCUUGAAAAACUGUGCCAUUAGGAGCUAAUCAGAGUUAUCACAAGACAGCUCCAGAGGUUGCCAAACUUAUCAAUAAUUGCAACACUGUUCAACCUGUGCCGUGAGCUUGUCCAUCGAAAAAUUUGUCCUUUUUAUAUUCAGUAUGAUUUUACCAUUAUCUGAAUAUCGUCACUCAUUCACACCAGAGCCAAUGCCCUUCUUGAUGCCAAAUUAAUUUUAUUAUUAAACAACCUUAAUUUGUUCAGCAUGAGGCCUUCCAUAUAUAUCUGUAUACCAGGAGGACCCUGAGGAAGUCCAUUCGGACGAAACACGUAGGACCUGGUACCAUAACAACUUAUUUGUAUACUUAUACUUUUAAUUCUUUUAAAUAAAGAAGAACCCUUUUUUUUACUCCACAUCCUGAGUGGUAUUUCACCUUCCUUGGAGCAGGAGCAGUGUUUACGCCCCCCAUCUACAUCAGGGGAAGGCACCCUUGGGCGCUAAUCAUUCAUUAUAUUCUACACAGCGCACUUAUACUUUUCUUUUCUACAGUGUUGCACUAUUGUUUUAUUUUUUGUGUAGAUCCACAGCUGUAUGCUCAUUCUGUAUAUAUCUAUUCUGUAUUGGAGGGAUUAUUGCUGGGAUGUCCAUGGAGGAGGCUGAUAUCACUGUCUAUUUAGAUAAGUGUUGUAUAUCCACUUUUUUUGUUUCAAUGGCAAAAGGUGUUUGUUCUUUUGUACUAUAUACAAGUAUUUGGAUCAAUUUUUGUAUAACAUUAAGUAAAUAGUUUGGUUAGGUCAGCUGUCAGGGUUAUACCAAGAUACUUAAUAGAGUUCUAUGUUACUUUUACAUUUUAGGUGGAACCAACCAAUCCCACGCUAGUAGUAGAUGUAUUGUGAUGCCCUGCAGCUGCAUUUUGACACAGAGCAGAUCACAGCAGUGGGCGAGUUAGGUUGAGCAGCAGUUGGACAGAUGACAGUAGAAUCUGACCCAACAUGGAUGCUCAGCCAGAUUAACAAAGUAACAUUUUCUAAAUAAGUAAUCUAUAUACAUAAUAAUAAAAAAGUUUCCUUAAAUGUAAUAAACUUUUAAAAAUGCAAAAAUUUGAUGACAGUUCUUUAAUUUUACAAUUAUGGGGUUCUCCCCGCUCCCUUUGCUUUCCUUCUUACCUGGAAGCCUUGCAUUUGGUGUGAUGUAGAUGCAGACUCGUGCUUUAUUUAGCUCAGAUCAACAUCACUCACUUACUCACUCUUUAAUAAGCCGGGAUAUGAUGUCAAUACAAGGAAAGCUGAAUGGAGCACGGCUCUAUAUAACUGCUCUUGAUACUACCAGCAGGGUGUCUGUUGUUGCUGGUCUCUUGUCUGCUGAAGGCCACAUGGGGUAUACAGCAAUUGGUGAACUUAAAUUAACAGGCAACUUUGACUAGGCUCUAGAUAAGGCUGCAAUUAUGAAGUACCUGACCUUUAUGUGACUUUCUCUCUUCCUUUCCAGGUGGUCUUUGUAAUCUGUGCUUGGACAAAGCAAACAAGAGUCACAUUCUGUCUUCGGGUGGUUUACGCCUCGUCAUAAAUUGCUUGUCCAGCAAGCGAGAAGAGACGGCUUUAUCUGCUUUAACUACACUCAUGUACCUGAGCACCACUGCCUCUCGUGCGGACAUUACCAGCCCCCCGGUCGUAGAAUGCAUGGUCCGAUUCUCGCUCUCGGGUAAUCGCAGGAUACGGAACCUGGCCACCGUGUUUCUAGAGGAUUACUGUAGUGAAAAGCAAGUGCAGGAGGCAAGAGCCCAGAGCCAGCAUACACAUUCUGCACUUGGCAUCCCUCUCCCUGAUACCAGUCCACAUAAUUCAGGCGAAACACCAGAGCUGAAGUUAAAUUGAACAACAUGGGUGCUUGAUUCCCAAGGAAAACGUGAUCACUAAAGCUCCAUUUAUGUAGGAGCAACUCGAGACGUGAACAAGUUUAAACCUAUAUGUGAAACUUUCCAUUUAUGUUUGGGCUCUAGCAGCUUUCCCAGAGGGUAAGGGAUCCUUGUUGAAUAUAGAUGUUGUAAAAGUCUAGUCAGGUUUAGGAUGGCAUGUGGUUCUAUUGAUUUAGUUUUCCCACGGUUUAUGCAGAAGGACCAACUCUUCUGCAAUCUGUGAGAUAUGGAACUAUAAAAGGGACUGCCUAUGAUGGGAGCUUUCUACAGUUCUUUGUGAUCAACAUGGAGAGACAUGCCAAUUGUAAGAUAUAUAAACACAACCUAUAUCACUGUUUGGUGGAAUCUUGUCAAGGAAUGACUACACAUUAUAGCUUUGGACAUUUCUUGUGAUAUACUGGAUUAGAAUGUUUGUUCUGGUUAGCAGUUUUUUUUGGUUUUUUUAUUGCACCUUUUUGUAGAUACACUUGUUAAUGUCAGUGUUUUGUCCGUGUAACGCAAAUAUAGAAAAUAGUGGUAGGAAUCUGAACAUUAUUGGGAUCCAGUGUUUUCAGAACAUGUGUUUAUUUCCAGAUAACCCUAUAUUUGCAUUAUUGCUGUUCUAUCAUGUCAAAGAGAUUACUUAGCAGCACUGUCACGCUGAACUUACUUUUAUUGUUUUCUUUAAAAGAUAAAGUAGGGACUACUUUGUCAUAUGUAUUUUUCUUACGCCUGACAUUCUGACACAAGGAGGAUCUUAAGUCCGCUCCAUUUCCUGUGUAAAGGAGGGUGAGUAUGGGAAAACUUUGAUACAGUAAAUGGAGCUCACUUAAGCAUCUCAUUGGGUCAUAUAGAGAGAAGUGUACCAUACCUACAUCCCCCACCCCACCCAUAAGGUAAAGUAACUUCACACGACAAGGUUGCUCGACCCGAGAUAGCCACCGACGGGCACCUUUACGACUACUUUGUAAAGUGAUCUACCUGAACUAAUUCACAAAGUACUUAUGCUACCAACUUCUUGUUUAUAGUUUUAAGCUAUAAUUUUAUUAGCUCCUGACGACGGCGUGUAUUCACGCUGAAAAGCGUGUUGAGCGCUUUUUUAUUUUUAUUUACUUUUCACUAGGUAGCACUUGGUUAUUUAGCAAGUUUGGUUGAAGGUAGUUUACUAGUUUACAUAGGUGGCAUUAGUCAGGCAGUUUUAGUCCUGCGGUCAUUUAGUUUAGUAGGACUUCUAUCUGUUUAUUAGACGAGUGGGAACUUUGAAAUUUUUUCUUUUGGGUUAUCAGCUUGCAUUAGUCUAUUCAGUUUGGGUUCUUACAGAUUUAGGAGCCUUCUAUAUUGAGAGGAGCAUUUUGAGCCCUCUACCUCUCUCCUUUUUCUUUUUUUUUUUACUUACUGCUAUGUACUUUGGGGAAGGGUUAUUCCUCCCCUAUAGUUAGCAAGCUUUCAGUGGUUCUAAGGUGUAGAUAGGGUUUCUUUUGUCUACUCCUCCUACCUUUACCAUUGUAUUACCCACUUAUGCGUGUUUCCACCUUUUCCACUAUUAUCUGGUAACUACAUAUGUGUUUUUUCUGUGUGUUCAGAGCUACUACCAGGAUCCCCUUGCCUCAAGGGUCUCCUUUACUUUAUUUAUAAUUUGUUUGUAUAUUGCUGGGAAAACAGUGCAGUGUCCAGUGUAUUUACAGAAACCCUCCAGACGGGGGGUGGGGUGGAGACGGUAUGGCCACCUUGUGCAUAUCCCUGAAUGCCCGGGGACUAAAUACCCCGGAAAAGCGCUCCUUUGGGUUUGUUAGAACUAGCCAGGCUUAAAACCGAUGCGGCCUUCCUCCAUGAAACCCACUUCAGAAAGAAUGCGGCACCUAGCCUACAUAACCAUAAAUAUCCUACAGGGUUCUUCGGGAAUUAAACAGAAGCAAAAGUGCGAGGGGUGGCCAUACUGUUCGCGGCGCAGCUGCCGUUCACACUGAUGGAUCACAAAACAGAUGACAGGGUAAAAUAGGCUGUAAUGUAUUUACUUUUGUCAACAUGUAUUUCCCCAACAGACAUCAAUGUAGACAUCUUAAUAAAUGCUUAAUCUUAAUUGAAAAUUUCAUGGAGGGAGUGCUGGUGAUGGGAGGGGACUGUAAUGUAACUCUAGACACGACCACCUCAGCGACAGCACACUUUAACCCCACAUAGCGCCUUCUAGACCAAUCCCAACUCCUAGAAUGCUGGAUCAUUAUCAGCUCACAAGGGAGGGACUACUCCUUCUACUGCCCAGCAACCCACACCUACUCCAGAUUAGCCAUGUUUUUUCUCCCCCAUAGAUUCCAGCAUCUCAUGAAGUCAUGCACAUACGGCCCCAUCACCUGGUCUGACCACGCACCACUGUCUCUAGUUAUCCAAAUAUCCUCACUGCCAAUAAAAACCUUCCAUUGGAAACUCAAUGAUCUACUGCUCAAUGAUACAGAAGCAAUGCAAAAGCUACAAUCUGACAUCCAACAUUACUUCCAGGACAACAACGACCCUUCGACAGUCCCACAGACCUUAAGGCAGUCCCUUGACGCACCUCUCACAGAAGAAGAAUUUCAGAAAACGGUACAUGCGAUACCCCUAAAUAAAAGCCCAGGUCUGGAUGCAUACACGGCCAAAUACUAUAAAACCUUCACCGACAUAUUGACUGGCCCCUUCCUUAAAGCAUUCAACUCGCUCAGGGGCAGCUCUAGAAGCACACAUUACCAUACUCCCAAAACAAGGUAAAGAUUCUACAGCAUGCGGCAGUUACUGCUCGAUAUCCCUUAUCAAUGUGGAUUUAAAAAUAUUUACAAAAAUCUUGGCCACUUGACUGCACCCCAUACUAAAAGACUUGAUUCACCCAGAUAAAUCGAGCUUUGUUCCGGAAAGAGAAGCAAAACAAUACAAAAUUACUCAGUCUUCUUCACAUAUCUAAAACGUACCCUACUCAGAGCCUUCUCCUGUCGGUCGAUGCCAAAAGGCUUUCGACCGUUUGGACUGGACCUUUCUAAAACUUACUAUGAGGUCCCUGGGCUUCGGGCCAAACUGGUCUAACUGGCUGGAUGCCAUUUAUGCCAACCCAACAGCCAGGCUUAAAAUUAAUGGCCAAUUACCAACGGCCCCCCUGCCACCCAUACUCUUCAUUCUCACGAUGGAACCCUUUCUACAAGGGAUCAGGGAGAAUGGAGACAUCAAGGGAUUUCACAUCAAACAACAAGAAUUUAAAAUAGCAGCCUUUGCAGAUGAUGAUCUCUUCACACUGACAUCCCUGAAACCUCUUAUGAACGAAAUUGGCCAAUACCACCAGGUAUCCAACUUUCAGGUCAACUUCUCUAAAAGUGAAAUACUACCGUUACAAUUAAACACUCACUCCCGGGGACCCUGAAGGGGCUUUUCCCAUUCGCGCGGGCAGCCUUCCACAUCAGUUACUUAGGGGUGCGCCUAACUAAAGACACAUAACUCUUGAACCUGAACUACACCCCGCUACUCCAAACAAUCACUAAGGACCUGACAGCAUGGCACAAACUGCAAUUUAGCUGGCUAGGGAGGAUUAACAUCUUAAAAAGGGCCAUCCUCCCCAAGCUUCUAUACCUCUUCCAAUCCCUUUCCAUCCACGUACCCAAAUCCUUUUUCACCAGACUCAAGCAGAUUUUCACCAAAUUUGUUUGGGCAAAUAGACACCCGAGCGUCUCAUAUGAAAGCUCGCAGAGGACUCGGCAUGCCUAACAUGUACCAAUAUUACAAAGCAAUUACACUCUCAAAUACAAUGGGUGCUGUUAGAAGACUAUUUCUUUCGAGCCCCGCUUCAUACAAUCCCAUGGCACUUCUCGGGGUCAACCUUUCUAGGGGAUAGCCACACUUCCCACCCCACAAUUGCACCCACUUUGCGAGUGUGGAAGCAAAUAAGGGACUCGGCAGGCCUUUCGGUCUACCCCUAUAUCCUUUAACCAAAAACCCAGUUUCCCCUGGGACUACAAAACCAGACCUAUGACUUCAUCAACAGCCCUCCCCCACGUAGCAAGGCCUUAAAUUAAUAGUUUUCCUGGAGGGAGCCCAUGUCAAGCCCCUAGCCACGCUGACAUCCUCGGACUCUCCCUCCGCCCUACAAUCCUACCACUUCCACCAACUCUCACACUUCAUCCGCACCACCGACAAGCCGCCCUCUCACAUUUGAAACAUAUUGCGAAACACAUAUGCUAAAACGCAAACAACUCUCCAUGAUGUACAAACUACUAAAAGACGACAAACGUACACUACCAAACUUCACACAACACUGGCAACAGGAACUCAAUACAGCCCUCACUGACAUUGAAUGGAAGACCAUAUUCCAAGCCACUCACAAGUUGUCAAUCAGCACGAAUAUACAGGAGAGUAAGUACAAAAGAAUCUCUAGGUGGCACUACGACCAAACUACACAACAUAUUUCCCAACAUGGUUGACAACUGCUGGAGAUGCCACCAACCUAAUGCUACCACAACCCACAUAUGGUGGCAGUGCCCAGACAUCCAAGCAUUCUGGAACAGAGUAGUAGACAUGAUUAAAGGACCACUUCAGCUUAAUGAAGUGGUCUGGGUGCCAGGUCCACCUAGGAUUAACCCUUUCUGCUGUAAACAUAGCAGUUUCAGAGAAACUGCUAUGUUUACUUUAGGGUUAAUCCAGCCUCUAGUGGCUGUCUCGACAGCCGCUAGAGGCGCUUCCGCGCGUCUCACUGUGAUUUUCACAGUGAGAAGACGCCAGCAUCCAUAGGAAAGCAUUGAGAAAAUAAAAGGAGGAGAGUUUCCAGCACCAAGGGAGCCCCGUGCUGGAGAAAGGUAGGUUUUUAACCCCUUCCUCGCCAGCCAGGCAGGAGUGGGGGCACUAUUUUGGUCCUUUAAAGUAGUGUCAGGAGUAAGCUGACCACUCACACCGACUUGCUAUUCCUGGUAUGUCCUACCUGCCUCCCCAGACCCUUAAUCCUCCACCUACUAACAGCAGCAAAUCUAUGGAUACCGGCUAAAUGGAAACCCCCCCCCUCCUCCCUCCUCCACCAGGGAGUGAAUCCAUCAGGCUGAUGGACAAGAUUCAUGCAUCCCUCUCUCACAAGUACAACCUCUACUUACACACUUGGAGACCAUGGAUGCAUUUCCUGAGCAACUCCUCAGGGCCCCCAUAGGAACAAACGCAGGGCUCAGCAUUCCCACACUCCAAAGCACACACAUACGGUUGUCCUGACCUAGCGUAUACCACAAGGUCCGCCAAUGCACAACACAAAGCCACCACGUGUCAGAUUGGCGGGGGGGGGGGAGGGAGAAUGGAAGGAUGCCUUCCCUCAAGCAGAUACCAUACCAAGACAGCACUGCUUUGAUGGCUAUCAUUCUGUGAACACUCAGUAUACUGUGGAUAUACAUACAGGUCACUCCCCUUGAGAAGCCCUACCUAACCAUGGGUCAUCGCUGAGAAUCCCAGAAGGUUUCCUCAUGUUUCCCCAUUCUCCCCUCCCCUAGCAGGGUAUUGUUUAUUGUUAACACCCGAAACCAAUAAGGAGUAUGCCAACUUCUAAGCAACAAUGUUUUGUUAACUCUUGCUAUCCUGUAUUCCGUAGAAACCACUGAAAGACAAUGUAACCAUUUGUCAGUUUGAUACAGAUUGUAAGAACAUUGUUAUUUCAACAGCUAUGUGCAAAACAAUGUAAAUGCUCAUUGUGUUGUCAUUCAUUCAACUAUGCAUAUCUGAAAAUGAAUUGAAAAAAAUAAAGACGUGUAGGAAAAACAUACGACAAAGUAGUCCCCCCUUUGUCUUAACCCCUUAAGGACUGAGCCAAAUGUACACGUUGUGAACAAAACAAAACGUAAACAAAACCUGGCAUUUGCGCUACAUGUCUGUCCAACCGUAAUUCACCUCUUUCAUAUUAAAUGCACCCACAUUAUAUAUCAUUUUAUUCAGGGGAAACAGGGCUUUCAUUUAAUAUCAAAUAUCUAGCUAUGAAACAUUGUUUAAUAUGAAAAUGGGAGAAAAUAAGAAACAUUUUUUUUGUCAAUGUCAUAAUACUGUUUGGUUUUACUGCAAUAAAAUACACAUUUGUAUUCUGCAAAGUCUCACGUGUAAAACAGUACCUCCUAUGUACAGGUUUUAUGGCGUUUUGGGAAGUUACAGGGUCAAAUAUAGCAUGUUACAUUUGAAAUAGAAAUUCGCCAGAUUGGGUACGCUGCCUUUGAGACGGUAUAGUAGCCCAGGAAUUAAAUUGACCCCCCCUAAUGGCAUACCAUUUGCAAUAGUAGACAACCCAAGGUAUUGCAAAUGGGGUAUGUCCAGUCUUUUUUUAGUAGCCAUUUGGUCACAAACACUGGCCAAAGUUAGCGUUAGUAUUUGUUUCUGUGUUGAAAAUGCAAAAAACGCCAAUUUUGGCCAGUGUUUGUGACUAAGUGGCUACUAAAAAAGACUGGACAUACCCCGAUUGCAAUACCUUGGGUUGUCUUCUUUUGCAAAUGGAAUGCCACCAUAGGGGUAAUUUUCAGUUAUAGGGUUAAAUAUAGUGCUAGCAAAUUAAAUUCCCUAUAUUUUAGGCAUGGGUUGUCAGGCUGGUCC